AUAUAUUCAUCGUGAGUAAAGACGAAUUUCAGUCGUGUUUCCUCGUGUUCGUCUCCGUGGCAUGGUUCAAACUUCUAACGCCAUCAGCUGGCUGCUCCACUUCACUCCGUCGGUCGGCAAUGCCCUUCUAAUACCUUCAGUGCUGCCAUGUGCGUUACCCAACCUAACGCUUUCGCGAAUGUAUCUCCCUUUUGCCCGCAUGUGUUGCGUGUAACCGUUAAUUUUAAUUUCAACUGCUCGUAUUCGUAACAUCUGAUACCGAUAAACCGAUUUCCGUUUACCAACAGUAGUGUUUGAUAUUUAACGUAUAACGUAUUAUGUGUUUAAACGGUAGCUAUGAGCUAUUUCACAAUGGAAUAAUUAUUGUGCUUUUGUAAUUAGUUGAUUUGUUCAUAUUUUUAUUGUUUUACGAAAUAUUUUACAAGAUUUCAUCAAAGAAAUAAUAAGCUCUCAUUACACCCGCAUUUCGAUUAAAAGCCAGAAAUGAACGUCGCAUCAAACCCCGAUCCAUUCGCCACCGGAUCAGAAUCAUCAGACAUGCUGAACUAUUCAAACACCUCUACCUCCAAUCUGAGCACCAUCGCUAGUGAUUUAGCCAUCGACGCUGGAAAAAUCCCUAAACGACUCUGCUGCCCGUUCUGCCUGUUCGAUUUCGGUUUCGAAUUUCUACUCAAAUCGCACAUCCAAGAAUCGCAUUCUCAAGAGGUAAAACUACUCUCGAAAACCAACCCCGAUACCAUCAGAACGGAUAUUUGCUGUUAUUGCGGCGCCAAAUUCUAUAUUCACGGGUUACUUCCCAAGCACGUGAUUCGUAAACACCAAGAAUGCAUUUUAGGACUAGCUUCGAGUACUUCGGAUGACGCAGCUGCUGAAACCGUAGGAUGUAGUUUUUGUCCGUAUAAAGCAUCCUCGAAACAGAUAAAACUACUGUUUAUUCACUUGGAGAAUAAACAUUUGAAAAACGUCGACGAGAUGUUAUCGAAUUUCAAUACGAUGGUCAACGAACGAACGAAAACUCGCGAAUAUAUUCAUCAAAAUGACGACGAAAUGGCGCCAACGAAACCCGAAAUAAUUAAUCCUGCUCCUAGAUUGAAACCUAUACUGAAAAGAGGUUCGCUGAAAUCAGACUGCUGCGGUAUUUUGAAUGAAACAGUAACGUUGCAAGUGAAGCAACGAAAAUUACGGUUCAAUUUACCCGCCGCCGAUAGUUCAUUCACCUCUGUAGGAAGUGACAAGGAGAAUCUACCUUUGAGAAUUUUAGCCAAGAGAACGCUUAGUUUGAGGAUAAAGAAGCAAACCAAAUCUAGCAAACCUUUGCCUAUCGUUAAUCAGGUACGAACCGAGACGAGAAACGUGCUGGGAGAUAUUACAGAUGUUGUGCAUGAAAACUUGACUAAUAAUUUGGAUCCGAAGAUGGAUCAUUUCGGAGAACUUCCGUUCAAAUGUGGAUUGUGUGGGGAAAUGUACGCGAAUAAUUCGAUUUUAUUGCAUCACGUGAAAAAGAAACACGGUAAAAUACAUUUCCAUCCGCCGUACCGGUGUGGCUUGUGUAAAGCUAAAUUUUUUCGAAAUAGUUAUCUCAUUAAACAUAAUAAGUUACAUGAGAAACCAAAGCGGACGAGUGGAUUUCGAUAUACUGCUUUUCAAAAUGAAAUGUUGUCUACUUAAUUAGGUAUAAAUCAUUAUUUCAUUCGUCUUUUUUUUUUUUUUUGGAAAUAGUACAAUUUUUGUAAAUAUGGUGAAUUUUUUAUUUUUAAAUAGGUAAAUAGGUAUUAUUUAUUUUAUUUUAUUUAUUUUUUUUUUAGUUUUAUUGUAAGGUUUUGAAAAAUGAGUGUUUUUGUAAGUGUAGCUAUUGAGAUGUGAAUGUUUUGUAAUUUAGUUAUUUGCACGAAUUAAUGUGCAUAGUCAAAAAAAUGAUAUAAGAGUCGUUUUCUUUAAUGUUAUGUUUCACAAAUAAAUAAUAUUAUCGAGUA